AUGCAUGUCUGCCUCGGCCUGGAUCAUGUCCAUUUGCUCCUCUAUGAAUUUUUCGCUUGGCGUUGGGGAUGGGGAGCAACUGUCCUCACUGGCAGGGCCAAAGACCCUCCGCCUUCGCUCCCGUCGCUGUGCUCGCUCGGCCCGCGACUUCAACCGCUCCUCACGCAUUCUCGAUUCCUGCGCUCGCCUUCUGGCUUCUUGAAAUGGUCUCCAACAGCUAACGCAUGUUGCCUCAUAGUCUUUCUCAUUUCCUCUGAGUGCAAAACUGCCACAUUUUAUGCAUAUAACAUGCGAGACGCCCUGGAUGUCGAUUUGGUUGCCCCUGACGUAACGCACAGUAGGGAGCCUUCCCUGGCGGACCUCCAGACCACAGUCGAUGCAGAAGCGUUUGAAGGAUUCUGCCCCAAAACGUCGCCUUUUCUUCCUCAAUUGGUUAUCCGCGAAACGAUGGCUUGUUCUGAGCCGGAGACAGUCGUAGCAGCCAUACAGGUCUCUGCUCUGGGCAAACUCGGAUUCUUCAGCAUCCAGGAGUGUCUCCAAAGACAGCUUGGCUAUAAGAUUGUCGAAAUGCGAGAGGAUCCGAUUCUGCAGUUCGCCAGGGAUGUUGACAAUCCGAGCGGAGCCGGGUGUGAAGUCCAUAAUGGAUACAAGAUUUUGAGAUACUUUUGGAAACCGAAUGGACGAUGA